AUGCUUGCUUAUGGUGCCCGGGCAGAUCAAUGUGCUGAGUAUUCUCGGAUGGCGAAAUCUACCUCCAUUGAGGCUCUGAAACUAUUUACAAGAGGAAUCGUUAAUCUGUACUCGGCAGAAUACCUCCGGGCUCCUAAUCCAGCCGACCUCAGAAAACUUCUCACCAAAGCUGAGAGAAGGGGCUUUCCUGGGAUGAUUGGAAGCAUCGAUUGCAUGCACUGGCAAUGGAAGCAUUGCCCAACAAGUUGGGCUAGAGAAUACAGUGGUCGAAAACGUGUGCCCGCUAUCAUCCUCGAAGCAGUCGCUUCUUAUGACACAUGGAUAUAUCAUGCCUUCUUUGGAAUGCCUGGAUCAUGCAACGACCUCAACGUCCUUGCUAAGUCCCCAUUGUUUGAUGAGCUCACUGCUGGUCGAGCCCCUCGGAUCCAAUUUCAAGCGAAUAACAGGAUUCACAAUUUAGGGUACUAUCUCGAUGAUGGUAUCUAUCCGCAAUGGGAGACUUUCGUGAAAUCAAUUCCAAGGCCUACACGACCCAAGGAUCUGAAGUUUUCCCAGGCUCAAGAGGGGUACAGGAAGGAUGUGGAGAGAUGUUUCGGUAUUUUACAGACGCGCUUUAGUAUUGUUUGA